AUGUCAGAAGCUUCAAAGAAGGCGUGUAGCUUUUUAAAGGACAGUGAUGCUGGCCCACCACAGCUGGCCGUUGGUCUUCCAUCCAGAAAAGAUGUUACAACAACAUGGAAACAGCCAGAUCUACCCGUUGACGUUCUACUGGUAACCGUUAAGGACUGUGAGUUCUUAUCCUGUUACAAUGAGCUAACAGAUCCCUACAGAUAUUAUUACAAGGAUGUUGGUUACGUUUACUUCAACAACUUUCAAAGUUAUGAAGAGAAAGUAAAAGUUGCUCUGCUAAGAUGCAACGAAGGUUCCAUUGGUCCAAGCAGCUCUCUGAUUGCCGUCAAGAAUGCCGCCCCUAUUUUACAACCCAAGGCUGUGAUAUCUGUUGGAGCAUGCAGUGGUCUCAAUCCUGACAAAACCAAGUUAGGGGACGUUGUUGUAUCAGCCAAACUAACAACAUAUGCAUCCAAAGUGGUGACAAGCGAGCAAGACCAGUGGGCUGGCAUGAGUAGUCACGUUAGCAAGCUUUUCUCAAAAAUAAUCUUGAACUGCGCUGAUGGAUGGCAAGCACCUUUAAAGAACCCAGAAGAUCGUCAGGUCAAAGUUCACUGCAAUGGCGAGUUCUUAAGUGGCCCAGAGGAGAUCAGAGCUCAAUGGCGUCGAAAGGAACUUGUCGACCGCCACCCCCUCGCGGCAGUAGUAGAGAUGGAGGGCGAAGGUGAGUGCAUGUCACGCUAGCUUUUAACAAUAGCGUUCUUAUACAGCUAUUUCAGUUAACGUUGUCGCAUAAAGGCUUCAGGCCUACGUGACCAGGACUCAAGGUUAUGUGGGUAGCUGUAGAUCCUUCAGUUGUAAUUCGGUCAUAAAGGUGCGGCUAACAGUACCAUAGAAUGCUUUUAAACGUCAUAAACGUUUACCUUCAUGGCUGGGAUUGGUAAAUAUUUAUGAAAUACACUGUAGUCCAGUUUCGAGUUCGCUAUGACCGCUAAAUAAAAGAAGUGAAGACGCAUUUUUUACAGGGUUAGCCUCCACCAAAAGUAAAUAUAUUCACAAAUUCCAACGAGAAGAAGACCUGUCGAAAUUUGUGAAUAUUUUACUUUAUGUCGAGGCUAACGCUGUAUGAAUGUGUCGUUAAUGUUGUCGAAAAAGGACUAUUAGCCGUAUUGCUUCUCAGUGUCAGCAGGUAGGCAUUUUGACAUCUGUUUUGGGAAACAUUUGUCACUAAAAGUUUUUGGAAGAGUAAAGCAGGCGCCAGUUUUUUUUUUAGAACGAAGGGAGGACGCGCUCGAACGACGGGAAAAAAGGAGAGGAGUCCGGACUCCUCUUCCCUUUGCGUGUUUUUCUCGCGCGCUCUAAAAAACGGACCAAAAGAACUAUCUGGCGCCUGCCAGGCAGGCUAUUGAAGGAGCGACGAAAAUUUUUAUUUUGAAUACCUACAUGACAAUUGCUUUAAGAAUUAGUGGUCCAAUGUACGGUGGAACCCCGCCUUCGGCCACCUCGUUAUUGCGGCCACUUUUUUUCGGCCCCGCCAAACGGCCGCGCCAUACUUUUUCUGAUUUAAAAAAAAAAACCGUUAAUACGGUCACCCGUUAAUACGGCCAACGGCCACAUUUUAAAAUCCCCAACAGUAAAAUCUUUUAUAAUUUUACCUCGUUAAUACGGCCACUCGUUCGAAAUUUAGAAAAUUAAAAUGCGUGAGUCUGAUCUUGUAUCGUUUUUUGAACUACAGUACACCUAAAGUGCAUUUGUACUAUUUGUGGCGGUUUAAUAGCCGAUUUUUAAAAGUGUUUUAUGCACUGAAGGAGAGUUUAGCCCUUCGACGACUGCGUUGGUCGUUUUCGUUCCAUGUGAACGAUGCAUAUCUUUCUUCCUGGAUCCAUUAAGCUUUCAGUGUAAGUUAAUAAAUUGGUGAGCAACAACGUAAGCAAAGAUAGAUCUUUCCAGCGAUAUCUCGUUUUGGAUAUUCUGACCAAUGUUAACAAAGUUACACUUACAAAAACAGGUAACAUUUUGAGGAGAAACCCACUGCUAAUUUCGCUGUUUACUCACUCCUCUUUGACGAUUAUAUUUGUCCCUUUCCUAAAAAGUUGGCCAGCCACAAUUCCAUGCGAAAGAAAGACGAAAAAGCGGGCAACAAAACUGCUAAUAAAGGAGAAAGGCAAAAGGAAAAAGGACAGCGAGAGAGAAAGAUCGAAAGAGAUUCGCCAUAAAAAGUCCAAGUGCAAGUCCAAAUUUUAGCUUGUUCGCAUGCGUGAAAAAGAAAAAAGCUGUUUUCUUAUGCUUAUUAGCCGAAAACCAGUCCAAAGAAGAGGAAAUUGGUGAAAAAAGCGGUUUUUUCGCUAAUCGCCGGCCGUCGCUAAAAGGUUGAAGCAUCUUUUACAAUUACUGUUCGCGAUAUCUACAUUCCGGUUGUUUGCUUAGAAGAGAACAGUUGUUCAAGAAGUGCGACUGCGAUAUAUGGUGUAUUUGUUGUUAAGUCCCGUACGUCAUGAAAUUUGACCCUGCCCCGGUAAACACCUAUUUUCACAUUAUGAUCCAAUACAUUGGAACUCCGUUAAUACGGUCACCAAUGGGUCAAACAAAAUUGGCCGUAUUAACGGAGUUCCACUGUACUGGAUCAUAAUGUGAAAAUAGGUGUUUACACACUUCAUUGAUCAUGAAAUAACUGAUAUACACUUGGCACCAUUUUCACGCAACAAUUAUGGAGUAAAAUUAAACAAGAGGCAUACAUGUAAUCGCUAAAAUAAAUGGGAAAAUAUGUCUGUGUUGUUUAAGUCUGAUCUGUGAUCGUCUGAUUACGUGCAACGCAAACAGCUUUCGAUCAAGAUUCAGAACUUUACAGCUGCAAACUUAACAGAACGUCAACGGAAUAUGAAGUGAACUUUUUCCCUUAUAAUUAACAGUAAAGUAAAUUAUUGAAUAAAACAAGUUCACUGUAAGAGAGAUUGCAGUCAGCAAAUCAAAAGAAAUGGCAUGAAAAUCAUGAUCUGUCGUACUUGGCUGUCGUUGGGGUCUGGCAUCCCUUGAUUCGGUGUUUUCUUGUCUCUGGGCAGUUAACUUCCAGUUUGUAAUCAGAGAGACAUUUUUGUGAAAGUUUAACCUUUAAAAAUUAUUUGAAAGUAAAGAUUUACACAUGCGUCUAUGUGCAAGACAAUUAUUCUUUUAGUUUCUUAAGUCCGCAAGACUUGAUUUCCUAAAAAUAAUGCUUCCUAAUUGUAUUCCAUAUUUCAGGUGUUUUCGCCGCUGCAUUUGAUUCUCAACUCGAGUGGCUCAUUGUUAAAGGGAUAGCUGAUUUUGCGGAUGGUGAGCAAGCGACUGCAGAAAGUUGGGAGGCCUGUGGUAGUAUGAUGGCAGCAUCUCUUGUCUCACACAUUUUAAGUGAUCCUUGUGUUUUUCGCACUUGGCCUCAUUACUCAGGUAUAAAUUCUUGUCAGUUUGGUGUGUGAUGAUUAGGCGCAGGGGUAACAGGCCGAAUUUGCCGUCAGUAAAAGAAGUCUUGAAUGUAAAAUAUUGAGUGAGACAGUGCGGAAGCUCAGAUCCGAGAUCAAAAGGCUUGUCAAUAUUUUUGUCCAUUCUGAUAUUCCAUCUUCAUCGCCAAGCGGCGUGAAAUUAAGAGUUAGUUUAAGAAAUUGAAAUUCAGGGUUUAAUUCACGUUCUGGUUCUGCACUUUUUCACACGGACUUUACAAUUCAGGAAAAGUAAAACUGUCAAAAAACUACAUACACUCUUCUCUCGUUCUAGAUCAAAAACUUAGCGAUAAGGGUAUUUUAAGGCUCUAUUGUCUUUCACACGCGUGUCACUCAAAAAUGUCAGUUUUCAGGUGCUUAAGCGACUUAUCAGUUCAAAUAGUAACACGAUCGACGCUAAAUAGGCUCGAGGUUCACUUCAGAUUUCAAGGUCCUACAAAACUAGUUCAAAUUAAAAAAGCUCCGUAAUGUCACGCACGAAUUCUGUCACAGUUAGAAAGAAGCACUUGAGAGGAUUGGGGUCGUUACCUCAACUUUUAGACGCUCAACUUUUAGUCUAGCACUUUGAGAGUUAGACAAACUUCAAGAAAAUGUGCGUCGUUUCUGGUCAAAAAUUCAGAUUAUCCGUUCUUUCCAUAGCUAUAAAUUGCGUAUCGACUAAGAGUAAGACACAAAACGCUAAUGUUGUCUUUGGCUAAUUCUUUCAGUGGAUGGUCUCUUUGAGGCUCAGCACGAUAGUGCUAGGAAGCAGAAGCUAACUGAGAACCAUGCAGGUAAUAUAUAAACAUUCAAUUUUUAAAUGUUCUUCUUUAUUUAAAGCAGACCUAUUCCACUCUUUGCUUCACUUUGGUUUUAAUGAGUCGCCUCACCAAUGCAAUCCGGGAAGUCUUUUGCUCGUGGAUUUCGGAAUUGUGGGCUUCGGAUUCUGGAAUUUAACUCUUGGAUUCCGGAACUCAGCCCCAGGAAUCCGUAAUCCCGCAGCAAUUGGAAUCCGUAAUCCAAGUUCAACUGACAAGGAAUCCGGAAUCCAGUAUGUGGAGUCCAGAAUUCACAGCGUGAAUCCAGGAUCAAAGACUUUCUUGGAUUACCUUAUAUGGGGCGAAAUGAGCAAAACAUUCAUCAUGAGACGCGUACAGCGCCGCACAUGCGCCUGACAGAAUUGACUUUAAGUCAGUUUAUUCUUGUAUACGUAAUCACAGUCUAUUAAAAGAAGGAAAUGUGCUAGUAAAUCCACCCAACUCAAACGCAAAUAUGCUGUUGUCGGCCUACAGCUAUUUUGAUUAACGUUGCAACAGGAAAGUCUUUGCGAUGAGAUCGCAAAUAAUAUGGGUAAUUCCAUAUAAAAUUUACCAAAUUCUGAAGAAGGUAAAAGUUUGUGACAUUUCAUAUAUACUAUUCUGUGGCACUGUCAGCCGCGAAUGGAUGACCAAAUUGCAAAGAAUUUACAUGCAGCUACCCACAUGACCUUGCGGUCUUGUGGAGUACGCAUGAGACCUUGACGUCCGACAAGGUUAACUGAAAUAGAUGUACAUGAUGUGGCCCGCGUCUCAACCAACGAUUUUCUUCAACAGGUGCUUCUUGCGAUGACCAGAUCUCACGACAAACCAAACGUUACAAAACCAUAAAAGCGUAUCGUAGACGAUAUACAGAGCGUGGACGGCUUGUAUGACAGUAUAAUAAAACCAAAUCGAUCUUAUUUUUUGGAUCUUGUAUUUCUCAGGGGUGCCAGCUAUCAUAGAAAGAAUUCGUCAGCUUUACAAACGUCGUGAAGGACGGUUGGUACCAUUUCCAUGGUGUGAUGACCUUAAUUUCAACCUGAAUGAGAUUUUCACCCGACUGAAGAUCGUGAACAAAGAAAAAACGCGGGGAACAUUGACGGAUGAUGAAAUAACCAACAUGACUGCUAUCUUUAGACCCCACCCUGAUUGCCCGAAACCACGGAUUCUUUUGAUCGAAGGAGAACCUGGCAUGGGAAAAACCACCUACUCACAAAAACUGGCGUAUGACUGGGCAAAUAAACAAGAUGAAUGGGACUCGUCUUUUCCAUCAAUUGAAGUGCUGCUCUUGCUUAGAUGCAACGAUGUUAAAUCUGGCAUCUGGGAAGCUAUUGACGACCAACUUCUUCCUGAUGAUAUUGACGAACAGGCUAAGGAGAAUUUUUUCAAAUACAUCCGAGAAAAUCAGGCCAAAUGUUUGCUACUGCUUGAUGGAUUAGAUGAGGCAGAUUCCUUUAAACUGGACAUGUACUACUCGCUCGUUGAGAGUAAACUCCUCCCAGCUUGUCACAUUGUCAUUACAUCUCGCCAUGAGGUUGGAAAGAAAGUAAGGCCAUACUGUGACGCCCUGUGGGAGAUUGUAGGAUUUACUAGUGAGGAUGCGGAAAGUUUUAUCAGAAAGUAUUUUAAAGGCAAGGAACACUUGGCUGAGAAGCUGAUUGAACGAUUGACACUUCCAGAGUAUGAUGAUGAUCCACUUAAAACGCUAGGCGAGUUAACAAAAAAUCCACUCAAUACAGCUUUACUCUGUUGUCUUUUCGAGGAUUUCGAAGGUGUUCUUCCAACAAGCAGGACUGAGUUGUACGUUGAAAUAGUUGCCUUUGUUUUGAGAAGAUACGAAGUAAAAAACGGACUUAAAAGCAGCGGUGAGGACUUGAUUUCAGUUUAUAAGAAAGAACUUUUGCUUUUGGGCAGCCUCGCGUUAGAAUCCCUGCUUAAAGGAGAGUUGUACUUUGAAAAGGAGGAAGAUACCGGCAAGCUUAUCAAUUUUGGAUUCUUGUCUUUUCAACCAGGUGCCGCCAAGCGCAAACCUUCCACGCGCUGUGCAUUUUUACACAAAAGCUUUCAGGAGUUUUUUGCUGGCCUUUUCCUUGCGUUUCAGGUUAUCAGCAAAGAAAGAGACUUUACCUCAGUUGUAGAUGAUGAGAGAUACUUGGAUAAACUGAGACAGGUCUUUUUGUUCAUGAGUGGCAUCAUAGCCUCACGGAGUGAGGAAACUGCGAUGUCGUUCUUUAUUGUUAUUGCUAAAAAAAUCAGCUCUGCAGAAGACCGUAAAUCAUAUAUGAGUUUAGCUUGUGAGUGUUUGUUGGAAUGUUCAAGUGUCCAGGACAACCUUGAAACUCGCUUAGUUUCUAGUUUAGGUAAGCACCUUGACAUGUCGUCCCUGACUGAAGUGAAUUUUGGCUACACAGGGAUACACGAUGCUGGUGCUGCUGCGAUUUCCAUGGCCCUCACAGUAAACUCCUCCCUGACCAGUUUGGAUUUACGUGAUAACAGUAUUGGCGAAAACGGCGCUUCUUCUCUUUCUCAAGCCCUAACAACAAACACCUCCCUUACUAGCUUGUAUUUAGGUUAUAACAGUAUUGGCGACGCCGGUGCUUCUUCUCUUUCUCAAGCCCUCACAGUAAACUCCUCCCUGACCAGUUUGGAUUUAGGUGAUAACAGUAUUGGCGAAAACGGUGCUUCUUUUCUUUCUCAAGCCCUAACAACAAACACCUCCCUUACUAGCUUGUAUUUAGAUGGUAACCGUAUUAGCGACGCCGGUGCUUCUUUUCUUUCUCAAGCCCUAACAACAAACACCUCCCUUACUAGCUUGUAUUUAGGUUAUAACAGAAUUGGCGACGCCGGUGCUUCUUCUCUUUCUCAAGCCCUAACAACAAACACCUCCCUUACUAGCUUGAAUUUAGGUGGUAACCGUAUUGGCGACGCCGGUGCUUCUUCUCUUUCUCAAGCCCUAACAACAAACACCUCCCUUACUAGGUUGAUUUUAGGUGGUAACAGUAUUGGCGAGGCCGGUGCUUCUUCUCUUUCUCAAGCCCUAACAACAAACACCUCCCUUACUAGCUUGUAUUUAGGUUAUAACAGUAUUGGCGACGCCCGUGCUUCUUCUCUUUCUCAAGCCCUAACAACAAACACCUCCCUUACUAGCUUGUAUUUAAGAAAUAACAGUAUUGGCGAGGCCGGUGCUUCUUCUCUUUCUCAAGCCCUCACAGCAGACGCCUCCCUCAAGAAUCUCUUCUUUUGA